AUGUCUUCAGACAAAUAUUCACCGGUCGUGAAAGAUCUAAUCCACAAAAUCUACAGCACGAGUUCAUGGGCUGACGACUUCAAGAACGCAAUCUCCAAUGCCCACAAGAGCGCACCUGAUGCACUAAAUGAGUAUGGCAUUGUUGAUUUGGAUUCUUUCUUUAACUUCAUCGAGCGCCAUUUGAAAUGGAUUCCAAGUAUGGAGGACCCAAGGAACGGGAUGUCGCAACGAAUGACCAUUUUUUACUUCAUUUUCGACCAAAAGUCCGUCCUGCAAUAUCAGACACCCAGUGAGCCAAGCACUGCGGCAGGACCAUUAUCUUGGCUGUCUGAUUGGCUUGUCUGUUACGCCAACGAGAUAGGGAGAUUCAUGGACGAGCCUCAGUCGCUAACAGAAGAGUCAUUGGAGUCCUAUUACAAAAAUCCUGAUUAUCAUAUGACAGACUAUCUCGAGCCCCGAGGUGGCUGGAAAACGUUCAAUCAGUUCUUCGCGCGAAGUCUGAAGCCAGGUGUUCGGCCGAUAGCAGAACCUUCCAAUCCGGUAGUCGUGGUUAGCCCAGCCGACUCUACGUUUGAUGGCUGGGCAGAUAUAAACGAUGGAAAGAUUACCUUUCCAGAUGGGUCCAGCACAAUUGAACUGAAAGGUAUUACCUGGGAUAUCAGCGAGCUGUUGAGAGGCAGUCAGUAUGCCGAUGCGUUCAAGAAUGGGACUUUUAUGCAUAUGUUUCUUUCAUCCAAAAACUACCAUCGUGAACAUGCCCCAGUAGCUGGAGAGGUUGUGGAAGCUUUCAAAACCCAGGGUCAGGUCUACCAGGAAAUAGCUCUGGAUAAAAAAAAGAGGCCAUAUCUAGUUCGCCCAUUACCGCUUCCUGGGGCAGGGGAUGUUCUUGAUUCCACUGUCCCUGUCGGUCGGGACAGAGCAGGCUACCAAUGGUGCCAAAUGCGUGGACUUGUUGUGCUGAAGACGGAGGGAUUUGGUCUUGUUGCUGUGUUGCCCAUUGGGAUGGCACAAGUCUCCUCCGUGAUGCUUACAGCCCAGAAGGGUGUGACGUUAGCCAAGGGUGAGGAGCUAUCAUAUUUCCAAUUUGGCGGGUCGGAUAUUGUAGUAGUGUUCGAGAAAAGGGUCACUUUCAGCGCCGAACGCAAUAUACCUUACCGGGUGGGGGAAAAGAUUGGCACGUUCCGACAAUAAUGUUAUCCUUGUAUAUCCACUAUCCCUGGGCUAGCCUAGAUCCAGGGAUGGUGGGAGUUGGUAUUCGAUUGGAGAGCCGCAUUGAUUGAAUCUCUUCUGUGUCGCACCCUGUGGGAUAAUUCCCAUCAUUGUUUUCCACCCUCCGUUACGCGAAUAUAGGGGGUGAC